CAGUGUGUUUCUUCAUCACAUCACGCACAAUGAAAGAGAGCAGCUGACUGACUGCAGGAUCUUAUCCUCGUGCUUUUCUCCACACACAUCAUCUCUAUCUCCUGAUCAAACCCUGUUUCCUCGAGACAGCCUCGUCUUGAUCUGCUGUAUUGUGUUUGUCUCUCUGUUAGUCAUGAGGUGGUUUUGAUGCUCUAAGUGUCUGGUGCUGAACAAGUCGGAGAGGAAAAUCACGUCAUGAGCAGCAGAGGAAUUUCUCUAAAAGCUGUGUAUGAUCUAUCAUGGAUUUCAACGCUUCGUCUGUUUUCGAGCAACACAAAGAAGCUGCUGAGGAGGUGGAUUUAAAUGUGGUUUAUCAUGCAGCGGCGAGCGGUGAUGUUAACACAUUGACUGCUAUGAUACGUGAGGAUCCCUCCAUACUGGAGUACUGUGACAGUGAAGGCUCCACACCUCUGAUGCAUGCUGUAUGUGGGAGACAGGUGGAUACAGUCAAACUGCUGCUGAAGAUGGGCGCUUCUAUCAAUACACAGGAUGCUUGUGGACGGACUUCCCUCUCUCUUGCAACAUACCUGGGCUGGCUGGAAGGCUGUGUGUGUUUGCUUAGGAACGGAGCCAAACAGAAUAUUCCCGAUAAAAACGGACGCCUGCCGAUUCAUGCGGCUACUGCAGAGACUGAGUUCAGACUCAUGGCUGUGCUACUACAGCAGUCAACACUUUGUGAAAUCAAUCAUCAAGACAAUGAGGGUAUGACAGCUCUUCACUGGGCGUCCUUUCACAAUCGACCGGAGCACGUCCAGGCCCUGUUACAGAAGGGAGCUGAUCCGACCCUUGUGGAUAAAGACUUUAAAACCGCUCUUCACUGGGCUGUACAGAGUGGGAGUCGGUUUAUGUGUUCCCUCAUUCUUGACCAUCAUCUGGGCCCCUCUGUGAUCAAUUAUGACGAUGAAAACGGGAAGACGUGCAUUCACAUCGCCGCAGCUGCAGGUUUCAGUGACAUCAUCUGUGAACUUGCACGUAUCCCUGAGACAAACCUACAGGCUCUAGACGUGGAUGAGAGGACUCCUCUUCACUGGGCUGCAGCGGCGGGUAAAGACGAAUGUGUGCAGGUUUUAUUGGAGCUGGGAGUUGAGUCCAAUCCUCGAGACAUAAAUGAGAACACACCGCUCACUUAUGCCAUGUACUGUGGUCAUACCGCCUGUAUUAAACUCCUCUCUGUCCAUAACAGGUCAGAUUCGAGCAGACCGGUGCAGGCUCAAAACAACGACUCCUCUAUACGAAAAGAAGGAAAAUUUCGCAUGCUAAACCAGAUCUUCUGCAAGAAGAAGAAAGAUCUUUCCCAACAGAUAGACCCGAGUGAAGAUUUCCAGCUCAGAGAGGAGACAUCUGAAGUAGACGACAUCAUUACGAUGUUCGACAGCGUCGCUGAACCCUUAACUAAAAAUGAGAGCGAAAACAACUCUGCUGUCAGAAAACUAAACAGUAAUGAGUCAGAGAAAGUCCAUCAGCUUGAGGACACGUCCAGCAAAGACUUCAAGAGCCUCCCGCCCAUACGCACACAGAGUCUUCCACCCAUCACGCUAAGCAAGUCUUUACUGGUAAACUCACAACCUUUGACACACAGGACUGCCUUAGGUCAUGUGGGUGGACAUUUAGCACACAGAUCACAGAAGAGCAAGAGUGAACACGACCUGUUUGAUGGUAAAUGUAAAGGUCAAAAAGGGCUGAAAGCGUGGAUAUCGACUCCAUCUGACCGCCUGCUUGACAGACUGCUGCCUGACACCUCCAGUCCACUGGAUGUCCUGUGUUCAAAUCAAACACCAUACAUACUAAGAAAUGAUUAUGCAACUCAAAAUCAUCUUUUACCCCUGAGAGUUCGAGAAUCAACCCUUACACGUCUUGCUCCCAUCCGUGACCACUGCACUCACAGGUUUUCCUUGCCACCAGAUCAGGUCUCACAAGGAGUAAGGAAGUCUAAAUCCUCGCUGGGAUCGAGCCUGACUGGACUCCCACCUCCGUUUACAUCCAAACUGCACAGAGCCGUCAUUCCCCAGAGCCAGUCUCUUGGAUCCGUCCCGACUCCUCUGACAGUAGAACCUCUACGAAACAUUCAGGUUCUUCCGGCUAUACCUCCUCAGAGAAAACGCAGCCCAUCACCUCUCACAACCCAAAGACCUCUGAAUGAUGCUGACAACACAUCAUGAUAGACAACUGUUUGAAAUAAUGUUUUCUACAUUUUAAUACUCUUCAGGUUUCUGUGGAUCAUUGGUGGAAGUGCAGUGAGGAGGACGAAUGGCAUGUCAAUGAUAAAGAACUUCUUGUAAAACAAGAUAUUUUUCAUACAACUCAACAUUAUGAUUUUUUUAUGGUUGCCAUUAUGGUUUGUCUUUUGACUGUAUUACUUUAACACACUUUAAGCUUAUUGUAAAUCAUUACUAGUAAUAAAAUUAAUUAUGAAAAUAUCUAGUCUCAUAACAGUGAUAUUUUAUUCAAUAUAAAUCUUAACUUGUGAUCUAUAAUGUACCAUGAUGAUAGUUUCUGACCCUAGCAUUUGAGAUUCUCACACCCAGGAUGUGGACAAAUAUCCAUUAUACUGCGGUGCAUAAUAGUGCCAUGGUAUUAUUUUGCUGAUAUACUUCAUAAAUGUAUAAACCAUGUGAUGCAGCAAAAAGAGCUUGUAAGUCUGACACUUUACCAAUCUCGCAGUCCAGUUGACCACAAACGUCAGCACAGGCAGAGAUCGCAUUUGUGUAUUUUAUCGCAGAUGGAAUAUAUGCAACUGAAAUACCAAUAAAUGCAUUUACGUAAAGAUGGUCAUAACGAGAAUCAACGAAGGAGAACUUUAUAUUA